CCCAUCCCAGAGAUUUCCCGCCGCCACAGUCCAAAGCCCGGUCUUCCCAAACCCCGCAGAGAGAGAGAGAGAGAGAGUGGAAACGUCAAGAUGUCAACUCUAAUUGAAAUCUCGUCCGAGGCCGAAUUCACCUCCCACAUCACGUCCCUGCCGCCGACAACCCUCUCGAUCCUCUACUUCCACGCCCCCUGGGCCGCGCCCUGCGCGCAAAUGCGCGCCGUGCUCUCCGCCCUCGCAUCCCAAUACCCCGCCACGACGCCGCCCACCACCUCCUUCAUCAGCAUCAACGCCGAAGAACUGCCCGACAUCUCUGAAGACUACGACGUCACCGCCGUCCCCUUCGUCGUCCUCACCCGCAACGGCGAAGUCCUCGAAUCCAUCUCCGGCAGCGAAGCCGCCCGCGUGCGUGACGCCGUCGAACGCCACGCCGGCUCCAAAGCCGCCUCGGGAGGCGCCCCGGCCACAAUCCCCCCGCCGUUGACCGCGGUGCCCCGCGAGACCGGCCCCGCGACGGCUACGCAGCCGCCGGCCGGCGCUGCGAACGGGGACACGCUGACGCCGGAGCAGUCGAAGGAGGCGCUGUUUGCGCGGCUCGGGGAGCUGGUCAAGGCGGCGCCGGUCAUGCUGUUUAUGAAGGGGACGCCGAGCGCGCCGCAGUGCGGGUUCAGCCGGCAGCUGGUGGGGAUUCUGCGCGAGCGGAGCGUCAAGUAUGGGUUCUUUAAUAUCUUGGCCGAUGAGGAUGUCAGGCAGGGAUUGAAGGAGUUUGCGGACUGGCCUACGUUCCCGCAGUUGUGGGUUAGUGGGGAGUUGGUUGGGGGGUUGGAUAUUGUCAAGGACGAGAUCGACAAUGAUCCGGAUUUCCUGCGUGAGUUCUCUGUGAACAAGGCUCCUGCUGCCGCUUGAGCGUAUAGAAUACGGGAAAGAGUUUUCUUUAUGUCUUGUUUUCUACCUCCUUGCAAACUCGAUUUGUUAGAUUAUAGGACAGCGAUGCCAUUACGUUUUCUAUGUUCAGUGUUCCAGCACUAUAUCUUCUUGCAUGUUUCGUUCUUUUGGUUCAUUCAUUUAAUAACAGAGA